ACUCGCGACUCGCGCCGCCCGACGUGCAGUCAUUCAUUUCGUCCGUUUCCGUCAUUCCGCAUUCGGCGCAUUCGGCCGACGACCGUACGAGCACGAUCGUGUUUACUGUUAAGUGAUAAUACUAUUCUGAUAAAAUUAUGAAAAUCGCGACAGCGGCUGCCGUCGUCAUCGGUCGCUAUUAACCGCCGACCCGAUGGACACUGACGAGCCGGGAGUGCGUAAAUAAAUACGAAAAACGUUCGUUUUUUCAGUUUAUAUUUUUUUUAUAUUCUACCUACGUUUUCUGGGUACGUAUUCAAUAAUAAUGUAUUAAAUGUAAUAUCUACUACCAACUACCUCACAGUUGGUGUGAUGGUUAACGGUCAUCGUACCCAUGAGACUCAAUUCGCUCUUGGGCGCACUGUAUGGAAACCAGACAGCCUAUCGUCCAACAUGGCUCGAGAACCGGUACUGGUGCACGUCUACGAUAUGUAUUGGAUCAAUGAAUACACUACACAUAUGGGUCUUGGUGUCUUCCAUUCUGGGAUUGAAGUGUAUGGACAAGAAUAUGGAUAUGGAGGUCAUGAUAGAUCAGAUUCUGGAAUUUUUGAUAUGAUUCCAAAAGAUGUUUAUGAAUUAGGAGAUCAUUAUAGAUACAGGGAAUCCAUAUACAUUGGUAGUACAGAUUUUACAGUUAGUGAUGUUAAAAGAAUAAUGAUUGAACUUGGUAAGGACUUCCGAGGCGACAGAUACCAUUUAAUGAAUAAAAACUGUAACCAUUUUUCUGGAUCAUUAACAAAGAUUUUAUGCGGUCAAGAUAUACCAAGUUGGAUAAACAGGCUGGCAUAUGUUAGUUCGUGUAUUCCUUUUUUUCAACGUUGUCUACCAAAGGAGUGGUUAACUCCAAUCUCUCUUCAACGAAAUUUGUCUCGAAGAAAAUCUGAUGCUUCUACAGAGCAACUCAACCCAUAACAUAAUUAUUUUUGCAUCAUACUAAUUAUGUACGAUAAUAAUAUGAUGUGUGCCAUUCACAUUAAUUGCCUACUACUAAAAUAAACAUGUACAUGAACAGUUAUUGAUAUUAUUUAUAUGUAUAAAAAAAAACUAGAUUUUAAAUUAAAUGCUUUGAAUUAUAUGA